UGUCACAAUUGCGAACGGGGAAGUAUAACGGGUUGUUCUCGUUGCUAUUUUUUUAUUCGAAUUAUUCAACCCGACGAGCUUUCAUCUGUGUUAACAAUAAUAUAAGUAUUAGUAUUAAAGUUACAAAAUGUGCAUACGGCGUUUAUAUUGUUAAGUGAUACGGUGGAACCAUUUACAAGUCUGUGUAUGAUUUAAUGGCGGCCCAAAGUGGAGAAAACAAAAUGUUUGACUAAUGAGUGGUCGCUGUUUCUGGAUCAUUGUACUGUAAUGACUUUCAUCGUCAGACGGGCGCGUGCUGGCCGAUCGGUGCGGUGAUGUCUUCCGUCCGAUGAGCCGGCUCCUCUGUUGUCUGCUCGUCCGCCGCCCCGACAUGGGCGCUGCGCUGUCGCACCCCCAGGAGGGCGAGGCAUGUGACGCCGGCGUACCGCCCUCCCCACCCACCAUGGCUGACGUCAUCAGGGAGCGCAAGAAGAAAGCUGGUGGGGCUGGUCUGGGGACGUUGCGGAGGAGGUUGGCGGCGGCGACACGCAGACCGAGGGACUCGAGGCCUGAUAGAGGUACUGGUUGCGAACACGCUCGCUUCAUCCGCUCCGUGGUGUCCACCUGGAGGUUGUCGGAGGUUUUCCUUCUGCGCGAAGAACUGGAAGCGGGCGCUGCGUUACGAGACCUGGCGACCCAGGCGGAACUGGCGCGCGAACCGGCCCCAGCCCUACACGCGGACCUGCUGGAACUGUUCCGGGAGAGGUGGUGGUGUGACGUGGAACUGGUGGGGAAGGGGUUCGCGCUCCCAGCACAUAGAGUCAUUCUAGCUGCCAGAUGUUCAUACUUCAGAGAGCUGCUGAUGAGAUAUCCCAAUUCGUGUCGUGUGCCGCUGGAGGGCGCUGGUGGGUCCCUGCCGCGGGAGGAGCUGGAGGCGGCCGUGGUAGCCAUGUACGCGGGGCCCGCCGCGCUCAGGAGCGGCGCCAGAUGUGACGCAUGCUGCAAGUGGGAGCGAGGCUCGGAGGCGGAGCUUGACAUCAUCAGCGUGGAGAACUCAACCAUCCGGAGGUGUACCUGCGGGCGCGGCAGGCGUAUGGAGCCCUCGAGACUCCGCCGGCUGGCCGACCUGCUGGGCUUCACUCCAGAAGGACUGCACAGAGAUAUGAAGUAUCUCCUGGACUCGGGUGAGCUGUGUGACGCUCGUCUGUCGUGGUCGGUGGAGGGUGAGGGUGCGGACGGUGACUGCGAGGGCGACGCGGAGGGUGACGGGGGUGCGUACGGCUUCAGGAGUGCUAUGGAGCUGCCUUGCCACAGGCUGGUCCUGGCUGCCAGGUCUAGAUUCUUCAGGAGUGUGAUGUCUCGGCGCGGAGCGUGUUCAGGCACCGUGUGUGUUGAUGAGCGUGUGCUGCCGAGGAGAUUCGCCCGGGCGCUGCUGCACGCGGCCUACACGGACCAGGUGGACCUCUCUCUGAUAUCAAAGAGCAGUUCCAACGCAGCCUCCGGCUCGGGGACGCUACGCGGUUCUCGUGGCAGUUUAGAAGAUGCGUUCCGCCUCUACGAGCUGGCCAGGUUCCUUGAGAUGCCGAUAGCUGCUCAGGGUUGUGAAGAUGCUCUGGUCCGAGCGCUGUGUGCGGACACACUACCAGCCAUUAUACGGUGGAGUGGAGCCAAACACGCCUCCGCAUGGGUCCAUCGGCAAGCGACCCGCUACCUCCGAGAUGAGUUCCCAGCUAUCAUGUCUCACUCGGGCUCCGGUCGUGUCCCUCGGGCUGCGCUGGCGGCCGCGCUCGCCUCACCCUUUCUGCAAGCGAGUGAGGCGCAGGCUCUGAGAGCUGUCAUGAGGUGGGCGGAGAGGGCCGCCCCUGUACAGACGUGCAGUGAACCCAAUAUAGUCUGGCACACUAGGCGCGACGGGCGCUCCCGGCGUCGGCGGCGCGGGCCCGCGGACGACGCCCUCAGAGAGGCGGCCGCCGCCCUGGUACCGCUGCUCCGCCUGGAACACCUGCCGCCUGACUGCGACCUGCUGCAACAGGCCGUCCGCCGAGGCCUGGCAGUAGCGCCGGGCGCGGUGGGGGCGGAGGCCUGGCUCGCUCAUCGACCGCCUAGGUGCUUCCUGCCCUACCUGGACGAGAUCAAGGCGCUGCUAGAGGACCAGGAGGUGCCCGAGGCGGAGCUGGCCCGUGCUCGCAGACAGCGCUACGCUCACCGCAUACCGGACACGCUCUACAUGGUGACGUCGCACAGAGCGAGACACGACCCGGAUGCGAGUAGCACGUGUAGCACAGAGGGUGUCCGAGCGUGUGUCCCGUCCCGCGUGAUGUGCGCUCUGAGGGCGAGGCUCAACGAGCUUAGGGCUGCGCCCCCCGCACAGAGAGCGCUGCGGCUGCAUGCGGCUGAUACCACGCCCGUCACCAGACAGCUGGCUCUGCGAGCUGUCCGGGAGCGAUCUCUGCCGGACGCUGUCGCCGAGCUGCUCCUGAACGACGACGACGACAGGGAGGUGUCGGCUCAGGCGGCCGCCUCGAGAAGCGACGUGGACGAAGACUGUUGCAGGUCAAACUCCGGGUCGCUGAGAUGCGGUUCCACAACCACACAUACCUCUAUAGAGAGCCGUCCGGGAACAUACCGCAGGGAACUACCAGCCAGGCCGAUAGAGACACAUCACAGGAGCGGCAGUUGGUCGGGCGGCCGUCUGUCAGCCGUGGUGCCGGACGUGGCGAUGGCGCCGAACGCGAACACUCACCUCCUUACAGCGCGGGACUACCCGCAGAUACACGCGCCCAUACACACGCACGCGCACGCCGCGCCCAGGGACAACACUAUCACCCUGCCCGAACUUGGAGUGCUGCAGCUGGACCUGGGCGAUGGAGCAGCACACGCACCGAGACACGGGUCACGAGCACAGAGAGCGGCUAUAGACGCGAGGCGGAGGGAAACACAGGGUGACCACGACGAACUGCGCGCAGCCAUAGAGUUAUCAGUUAUAAGAGCGUACUCCUCGCUACAAGCUGCGAGGAGAAGUGGGGCGAAUGGAACAGACUUCUCUACCUCCAGACCCCGCGCUACUCCUAGCCCGUCUCUAGCUGUGGCCGCGGGCGGACCCAGGAGGAGAGAGAGACAACCGCCGCCGCGGCCGUGUCCGCCGCCCGUGGGGCGCAGUCCCAGCCCGCGACGGAGCCCCGCAGCUUACGGACAGAGGGACUAUCGUGCCGAGGGCGCAUAUAGUCGCAGUCCGCGUAGCAGAGGACACAGCCCCGCGUACACGUGAGACGUGAGACAGUCGGAGCACCCAACUGACUGGAGCCCUGGAUCAUAAGCAAGUGUUGUCCGGGGAACGACACACAGAUCUCUAUAAUGUAUAUAAAGAUUGUAUUAUAUAUGUAAAUUAAUGUUUUUUUUUCAAUCUCAUGUAAAUAACACAGACAGACUGCACAACGACGCGACGGGGUCUUGUAUGGGAUUGUCACCUGUCAUAUAUAUAUAAUUAUUAUUAUAAUGAAAAAAAUAAUACAAAUUUAAUACAAGAAAAUGUUAAUAUUCUGUGCAAAAUAUGAAUUAUCUUAGUUUCUAAUUGUAUCUAUAAAUCACACUUAAUUUUGUCAUAACAUAUAUAUAUAUAUAUAUAUUAGUAUUUAAAAACAGUUUUUCUAUUAAUUUGUAUGUGUUUAAUGUUAUUAAAUAAAUUUUACCCCAAGUUCAUGACGUUAAUACUAUCGCGUGUGGUGUAAGUGAAUUCUAACUGUCCUUAUUGAGUUUGUUGCGGACCGAUGGUAAGGAUAUUCUUAUAAUGUUUGGUGUCAAUCCUAGACGUGUAUAUAUAUGACCAAAAUUAUGUAAAUACAUAUAUGAGUUGAGAAUGAAUUUUAUAUGUUAUUUUCACUUUGUUUAGUUCAUAGUAAAUACAGCAAUAAAAUCUCAGACGAGGAGGUUCUGUGUAAUAUAUUAAAAAAUUUGUUGAUU